AAGGAUAGCACGGCUGCGUCUCACAUACUUCGGACAUGUUGUCAGGAAGGACCAGUCCCUGGAGAAGAACAUCAUGCUUGGUACAGUAGAGGGUCAGCCAAAAAGAGGAAGACCCUCAGUGAGAUGGAUUGACACAAUGGCUGCAACAAUGGGCUUAAGCAUAACAAUGAUCAUGAGGAUGGUCCAGGACUGGGCAGUAUUUCGUUCUGAUGUACAUGGGGUUGCUAUGAGUCAGAACGAACUCAAUGGCACCUAACAAGAACAACAGCACUUAUAUAGAGAUUACCAUUCAUAAAUAGGUAGGUAGUUAGAUAAAUGAUAGAUAGAUAGACAGACAGACAGACAGAUGAUAGUUAGAUAGAUGAUAGAUAGAUAGAUGAUGGAUGGAUGGAUGGAUGGAUGGAUGGAUGGAUGGAUGGAUGGAUGGAUGGAUGGAUGGAUGGAUGGAUGGAUGGAUAGAUAGAUAGAUAGAUAGAUAGAUAGAUAGAUAGAUAGAUAGAUAGAUAGAUAGAUAGAUAGAUAGAUAGAUAGAUAGAUAGAUAGAUGAUAGAUAGAUGAUAGACAGACAGAUGAUAGACAGAUAGAUAGAUAGAUAGAUAGAUAGAUAGAUAGAUAGAUAGAUAGAUAGAUAGAUAGAUAGAUAGAUAGAUAGAUGCAGAUUUAUCUUUCAGUUAGCAGCUGUAGCACUUACAGAGUUUCCAAAUGCAGAUACAGACAUAGAUAUAUAAAAUUCAUUCAAAAUUUUCAAAUAAACAAACAAAUCCAAAUAAGGUAAGGACUCUUCUUUUUCUUAAUUUUAAAAUAAGGAAAUUGAAACAUAAUGAGGCUGAGUGAUCUGGCCAAGUCCAUGAGUGACGCACACUCAAAUUCAGCAGCUACCUCAGAUUCUGCAUGCUUAAUACUCAGUAUACGACAGACACAUUUGAGAAAGCCAGGGAUACAGACAGAGGGAGAAAGGGAGUAUGGGAAAGACAGAAAGAGAGGAGAAAUCUUCAUAUAAACAAAUACUUAGAAUACUGGGCUCCAGAUAGAGGUUCUCAUCAUAUCUAGUUUAUUCCAAUUCUGUCUCUCAUUCAGUAGCAACUGCUAGGGCAGUGUUUAAACAGAAUUAGUCCCAUUUUUUGAAAAUUUCUCCUAACAUUUUCAAAACUUAUCUUACUAACAUAUGGAAGAUUUUGUAAUGUUGCCAUGGAGCGACUGAAACCUAAAAGUUAGGCUUAUGCUCUACACCUUGUCUCUCGUAUUCCAGCUAUACAAAUCUUAGAUACCAUGAAAGGAGAAAAUAUGAGCUUCCCAAGUAUGUUUGUCUUGUUGGGCUUCUCAGAUUAUCCGUGGCUGGAGAGGCCCCUCUUUGGAGUGGUCCUGGUCUUCUACAUCCUGACCAUGGUGGGAAACAUCUUCAUCAUCCUUCUCACCAUUGUGGAUCUCAGGCUCCACACUCCCAUGUACUUCUUCCUAGACAAUCUCUCUUUGCAGGACCUCUGUAUCGCCACCACUAUUUUGCCACAGCUGCUGGCCAACCUCUGGGGGCCAAAGAAGACAAUUGCUUCCUGGGGCUGCAUCACACAGGCCUACUUCUUCCACUGGAUAGGAUGCACCGAAUGCGUUCUGCUAACAGUGAUGGCCUUUGAUCGCUACUUAGCUAUCUGCCGGCCACUCCAGUACACCCUCACCAUGCAUCCUCAGGUAUGUAUGCAGCUGGCAGUUUCAGCCUGGUGCAGUGGCCUAGCCAAUUCUCUGCUCCAAGGCACCCUAACUAUCCAGCUUCAUCACUGUGGUCAUCAUAUUCUGGACCACUUCUUCUGUGAGCUACCUGUCCUGAUCAAGCUGGCCUGUGAAGAUACCACUGUUAACGACCUGACACUGGUUGCAGGAGCCAUUCCCUUUGUACUGCUGGCUCCAUUGCUUGUGCUGAUCUCCUAUACCUUCAUUGCCAGGGCUGUGCUGAAGUUACCUUCAGCUGAAGGAAGGCGUAAGGCCUUCAGCACCUGCAGUUCCCACAUGGUGGUUGUCAUCAUGUACUACGGGCCAUCCAUCUACGUGUACCUCCAGCCCCCUGCCAAUAGUACCCAGGCCAAGUUCACAUCCUUCCUCUACUGCCUUAUCACCCCACUGCUGAAUCCACUCAUCUAUACCUUAAGAAACAAGGAUGUGAAUAGGGCAUUGAAGAGACUGCUACAAUCCGAGAAAGGAGACAAAUCCUAAAAAGCGUAAAGUCAUA